AUGCCAGCAGACAGCGUCUCCGCUGCUGCUGCUACAGCUACCGCCCCUCCCCAAGGCACGGGGAAAUCGAAGAAGAACAAGAAGAAAAAGGGCAAAGCGGUUGUCAAUGGCGAGCCCGACAAGCCCCAGGAGGAUGCAAAGGAGGAUAUGGCAGACGACGAUGGCGCCGAGCAAUCCACGAAGGCAAAUAAUAGCUCUGCACCUGGCGACUCUGGCGGCACCGCCAACCCCGACGGGACGGAUGAAGAUUCGUCCUCGAAACCCGGCGACCUCCCCGAACGCCCCAAGAGAACGGAGACCGCCCUGGAGAACGCGGUCAAGCGGCAUUUCACAACGGACCUCGAGUCAAAUUCGCGGUUCGACGCUCUGGUGCGGGAUCGCGACUCGCUUCGGGUGGAAGUCGCGGAGCUGCGGAGGACGUUGGAGGAAAUCCAGUCCAAGCAUGACGAGGAGCUGGGGAAUUUGAACAGCACGCUGGAGGAAACGCGGGCGGAGAAGAAUAAUGCGGAGACGCAGUUUCGGAAUCUGCUGGGCAAGGUCAACACGAUCAAGUCGCAAUUGGGAGAGAGGCUGAAGGCUGAUGCGGAAGAGCUAUCUAAGGCAAGGAGUAAGAUCGAGGAGCUAGAAGAGCAGAAUGACGCUCUCAAGUCGGAAACAGAAGCAAAAGCGGCCCGUAUCGAAUCAUUGGAGCAGUCUGACGAGCAGAGGUCGAAGGAGAUAUCUAGCCUACGGAAUCGGACGAACCUUUCCCAACAAAAUUGGGAAAAGGAAAAAGAGGAAUUCCUGGAACAGGAGUCGUACCUGCGUGCGGAAUUCGAGGAGGCCAAGCAGGCCAUGCACAACUGGGAGAUUCUCGCCAUGGAGGAGCGAUCUGUUCGAGAAGGCCUCGGGGAGAAAGUUGUCGAUCUAGAGGAGCAGUUGAGCUCGUUGAAGGCGGAUUACGAACGAGCUUCGAGUGAGUGUCGGACUCAAGAAGUUACGGUUGAAGGCCUGCAAAAAGCAUUGCAGGAAAUCCAGACAGCUCGAAAGCAGGAAUUGAGGGAGUUGGUCGAGAGCUCUGAUGCCCAGACCGAAGACCUGCGCAGAAAACUUCAGUCUGCUGAACGAUCGGCUACAGAUGCGACUGCCGAGCUGGAGAAGAUGAAGGGAGAAUUGGAGAGAGCUCUGCCUUUCGAGAAAGAAGUAAAGGAGAAGAAUCUUUUGAUUGGCAAACUUCGCCAUGAGGCUGUUACUUUGAAUGAACAUCUCACGAAAGCGCUACGCUUCCUGAAAAAGGGACGACCAGAGGAUAACGUCGAUAGACACCUCGUUACGAACCACUUCCUUCAUUUUCUCGCUCUAGAUCGUUCAGACCCGAAGAAAUUCCAAGUCUUGCAGCUCAUAUCGGCACUCCUUGGAUGGACGGAUGAACAACGUGAACAAGCUGGUCUUGCUAGACCCGGAAGCACCUCGUCAUUCGGCCUUAGAGUUCCUGGCAGUUCUCCUGUUCACCGAACGCCCAGCUCGCCGGCGCUUGCUUCGGAUUAUUUUACCGGCACUGCGCCCUCGCGCAAAGAGUCUUUGGCAGAGCUAUGGUCAAGUUUCUUGGAGCAAGAGGCGCAGACUAGCAAAGGGCACAGCAAAGACUCGAGUGAUGCCACCUGA